AUGAGAAGGUAUAGCUCUUCUGAGGAAGACCAUGAGAGACGACAUUCAGUUGCAAUGAUGCACCACCAUAUUCAUGAGGCAGCCACUGAGGAAACAAGCCUGUUACCCAAAAAAAACCAUGGAGAAGACCACGCAUCAAGCCAGGAGGAAGGCGAGGUGCUUGAUAUACUUCCAGAGGACGAAACACCCCCUCGAAAGCUCAUUCUGCAUGAAUUCUGGGUCUUGUUGAAGGGAUCGAUUCCGGUCAUCCUGGCCUACACGUUGCAAAACUCUCUCCAAACGGUUUCCAUCCUGAUCGUCGGCCGGGCUUCACCUCAGGACCUUUCCACCGCCGCUUUCUCAUACAUGUUUGCCAUGUGUUCUGGGUGGUUGAUUGGAAUGGGAGGGUCAACGGCACUGGAUACACUUGCAUCAUCAACGUUUACGGGGAGCAAGAACAAGCAUGAUUUGGGCAUCCUGCUGCAGCGCGCAUUCGUUGUCCUAACAAUGUUCUAUAUUCCAGUUGCAGUGCUCUGGCUAUGCUCAGAGCCCGUGUUCAGGGCCCUGGGACAGAGUGCUCAGCUUUCGCGGGAUAGCUCCAAAUUCCUCAGCUGUCUGAUCCCCGGGGGGCUGGGAUAUAUCUACUUUGAAACCAUGAAGAAGUAUCUGCAGGCUCAGGAAAUCAUGCGACCAGGAACAUAUGUGCUAUUGAUUACCUCGCCCAUCAGCGCUUUACUGAACUAUCUUUUCGUCUACGUUGCUGGUUGGGGAAUAUUCGCAGCCCCAUUCGCAACUGGUAUUGGGUACUGGCUUUCUUUCCUGGGACUCGUACUUUACGCGAAGUUUGUGGCAGGUGGCGAAUGCUGGGGCGGAUGGACAAAAAGAUGUCUGCAGAACAUGGGCACUUUCGCCAAACUCGCCGCCCUGGGGGUUAUCCAUGUUGGCACCGAGUGGUGGGCAUUUGAAAUUGUCGCCCUUGCAGCGGGGAGACUGGGAGAAGUUCCGUUGGCCUCUCAAAGCGUGAUUAUGACGGCGGACCAGGUCCUGAACACCAUCCCAUUCGGAAUUGGCGUCGCUGCCAGCGCUCGAGUUGGGAACAUGCUGGGUGCACGCAACGCCAAAGGAGCGGCACGUGCGGCCAACGUCGCCGCUUGGCUGAGCAUGAUCAUGGGGACGGUGGUUCUGGCUAUCCUCAUGGGGACAAGGAACAACUUCGCGAGGAUCUUCAACGACGACGACACGGUGGUCAAGCUCACUGCGAAGGUCCUGCCUUAUGUGGCCCUCUUCCAGAUCGCCGAUGGCCUGAAUGGCAGCUGCGGCGGUUCCCUUCGUGGAAUGGGCCGACAGCACAUAGGAGCUGCCGUUAACAUCGUCAGCUACUAUUGUGGGGCGUUACCCUUGGGCAUCUGGCUUGCUUUCCACGGCUGGGGACUUCAAGGUCUCUGGGUCGGCCAGUGCAUUGCCCUAUAUCUGGUUGGAGCCGCUGAAUGGGUUAUCGUUGCUUUCAGUAACUGGGACUACCAGGUACAAAAGGCUUUUGACCGUAUGGACAAGGACGAAGUAGCGGAACACGGGGAUGCUGGGCCAUCUGUGCCAGCCCCAGUGAGCCAUGGACCGCAGUAG